CGACGUAGACAAGGGAAACCAGUUUUGUUUAAUUUGUUUUAUGUGUUGUUUCGCCCUCCCGCAAAACCGUGGACGGUUCCAAAGAUGGCGGCGGAUUCUGUCAGUGUGGAGUGAAACUUUCAUUUUUUUAAGAGAAUUUUCCUCAUUUUGACACCACGUUAUGUCGACUACAGUCACCCGAUCGUUCAGAUAAACAUCUUCGGAAAUACGUGGACGUGUGACAGGAUUCGCCACGACCGAGCAGCCUCCCUCCGGGUUGCGUUUUUGAUCGCAAACCGCCGGGCUUCCUUCGAAGUUGAUGGUGGCCGAGCACCUGACAUUGCGAUCCUCAACGACUCUUGUUGUCGUUACAUUGCUCAACACGGAACCGUGGGCUCAGAUUGGACGUCUUGCGGAGUAGCCAGCUAAUUUGUCGGCCGGAAUUUGCGUCGAAAACUCGGUCUGUUUUUGCUCCCGCUGGGUUCCGUCGGGGCAGGUCGGAGAUCCUGAGGACGUGUCACGUCACCGGCCAGUGAAAAUAAAUAGGUGGUGUUGAAUGUCACCACCAGCCACCGUGCGACUAAAUUUGGUUUGCUAGCGUUAUACAUCCUGGCAAAUCAAAUGGAGAAGCUCCAGGACCUGAGCCAAUCAGAGCUCCAGGAUCUUCUGGACAACCCAGAGAGAGUGGAGUCAAUGGCUCUGGAGUCUGACGAGAUCCAGAACAUCCAGCUGGAGAGAGAGAUGGCUUUGGCAUCAAAUCGCAGCCUCGCUGAGCAAAACCUGGACAUGAAACCUCGUUUGGAGUCACAGAAGGUGGUUCUGGUGGAGAAAUAUUCUCAACUAGAGGCUGUCCGAGAAACAUACAGACAACACUGCUCCUUGAGAGAUGGGAAGGUGGGUGAGGCCUCUCCAGAGGCGUUUUUCUCAAGACUACAGACAGAGGGUGGAAAAACAGAGGCGGAGUCAGAGGUUCUAGCCGACGAGUUUCUGGAGGGCUCGCUGCCAUUGGACUCUUUCCUCGACCACUUCCUCUCCCUGCGCUCGCUCGCUCACAAAAGACGCGUGCGAAUAGAGAAACUCCAAGAGAUCAUGCGACAGAGGAGCGAGGCCAAUCCCGCCACCAUGACAUCAUCGACGGGCGCCAGCCAAGACCCCGCGACCAUGCCCUCACCGUGGAGUCAACAGACGACGACAGGGGCGGCAACGACAAAUCAGCACCCGACCUCCCAGCCUCCGUCCUCCAGCUACCAGAAUGCCUCCCAGCCAGCCCCCUCAUCUACAGGCCCCCCCGCCGGACUCCCCUACAGCCCAUACCCCGUCUCCCCGACCCACGUUCCCACUCCAGUGGCGGCAGCAGGCUCCGUCCCGGCCAAAGCCUCGUCGCAGUUCUCUCCUUACCCGGGCUCCGCCUCGCCCUUCACGCCAACGGGGAGCUUCUCCGGCCCGAGGCCCAGUUUCGGGCCUCCGGCUCCGGCUUGUCCGUACCCGACCCAGCCCUCGUUUCCUGCCCCGCAUCCGGGCUCAGCAUUUGGCCAGUACACCCCCAGUCCAGCCCAGAGUGGCCACGCACCAUAUCCAGCCUCCUACAGCUACGGGGGCUACAGCUACCCAGCCGGGGCGGCCUAUUCCAAUUCUCAGUCACCAACGGGGAGACCCAUCUUCAGACCAGGCUUUGGAGUUCCACAGCCGUACUCCUGAAAGUACAGCUGCUCCUCUGUCUAAGUUCUUUUAAAUUCUUCCAUUCUUUGCUGUGUCACUCCCUCCUCCCCCUCCUUGCUCCACUCUCCUUGAUGUGAUUCCUUUUCCUUCUCAUGUCCUUUUAACUUUUCCCCUCCUCUUCCAUCCUCUCUCAUCUGCUUUAUUUGUCUUUGUUGCGUUACUUCUCCUCGUCUCCGUCUGUUGUUUUUGUCCCGCUUUCUUUUUCCCGUCCUCCGUAUCUCUUUGACCCACCAGCUCCCCGACACUAGUCUCAGGUUGUUGCUUUGUGUUUAAGUGUUACAACAUUUGUAUCUGGCCCUUCCUGCUCUCCUCACCCUUGUCCACCGCUUCCUCAUUCCCCCUCUUUCAUUGCAAGUGUGCGUGGGUUGGUGCUUGGCAAUCAAAAAAAUCCUUUUAAAUACACAAGUGCACUCCCCCUUAUGAAGAACGGAUGACAAAAAUCAUUCUGUGUAACACUACGUCACUGUACAGUAGCUUUCCGACCCGUGUCUCCCUGGUGCACAUGAGCACAGUGUGCACUGGGAAAACAUCUCCUCCAUAUUAUGUCAUUGUGGAUGGUUUAUGUUCAUAUCUUACGGCUGUUAGGCUCAAGAAAUGCAAUUAAAAUAGAAAAGUUGAAGGACUGGUAUGAAGUAUGGCUCUUUUUAAGUAUUAAGUUAAGUUGAGGUGCAGGGUUCAUCAAUGUCUUUAUGUACAGUUCCUUUUUUUUUUUUUUUUUUUUUUGGGCAGUGCUGUAAUCAGUUAACUUUCUUUAACCAAAGAAACUCCCUACAGUCGUUUUUUCAGCUUUGUUUCAUUGUGACAGGGGAAGUCGUCUGUAGCUGUGUGUCAGCAUGUCACUGCGCUCACACUCCUUCACUCAAAGGUCAGCACUGCAUCACUACUGGUCAGAGUUUACAAAGUCUGUCAUACACCACAAGUCACCGUGACUUACACAUAGCCCCCUGUUAGCCCCCUUUUCCAAGCUCCAGCAUUAUGUUUUUCUUCCUUUGGUUGAUUUGAAGGCAGCAGAAAGCUUGUUAUUCAGAAACAAUGACAUGUGAACAUUAUCAAAACGUUCAGCAGAAAAAUCUAUUUGUGUGGACUGGUUUGUUUUCCACCUGGUCAGUCCAGUAUCCACGAUCUUGUUCCCAAGCAUGUCUGUGUUUGGGCGAGCUGCAUCCUCCAACACCGAACCUUUACAAGACGGCAGAGCAGGCAGAAGCUGCUGCGCGUUGUCCUUAAUAAUAAUAAUAAUAAUAAUAAUAAUAAUGCUCUGCUGGCAAGCAGCACUUUUCACAUUACACAACAGGUUAUCUGAUGCACUGAAAUGAUGAUUGGUGCAACUUCCUUCCUUCCUAUAACACGUGAGCAUGUUAUAGCUCCUACAGCUAGGUGUCUCCACAGCCUCACCUGAAUACAGACGGUAGCUGGACAUGUUACUCCAGGGGGCUGUCAUGUAGAGUUUUUAUGUAUUCAGCAAAAAAUAUAGAAUAAAUGAACAGCUGGCAAAGCAAGACACAAAGGGAGUUCUCCACCAGAUGUUACCUGUCAUUUAUAACAGCAGCAGAGUAAAAUAAUCAAAGUGGGUGUUGGUGAUUAAAUAUAUAUACACAUAGUCUAAUGGAGAUUUAGAAGGAAUCAGCUGACAUGAGACUCUCAUAGUUUACCUGCAGAAAAGCUCAUUCGCACUCCAAUAAAUUAACACAGUGAUGGUUCUUUGUCUGUAUUACUCUCACUCACACUCCUCAUCCCUUCUUCCUCUCCUCCACCCUCCCUCACCCCCUCCCGUUUUCCACAUCUGUCUGUCCACCCGUGUACUUGACGCUUGACAAUGAUUCCCAGAUGGAGAUAGUUUUCGUUACUCUGAGGUUCACACUCUCACAGUGAAUAUACAUGUGGUAUGCAUAGUUUUAAUGGAGUGAAAAUAUUGAGGUCGGUGGUCAGCUUUGUGUCAGUCCAAUCAGUUCAAUUAAUGUAACUGAAAGUCUGAAUUUGUAUCGCGCCGUGUGAAAGUCUCACGGUGUUUCUUUAUGGGUGAGACACGUUGGAUCAUGAUUGAACUGAAUCUGAGCUGGACGCAGCCUCUGAUGUACUAUUCUGAUGUUCACAGUUUUCAUGCCAACGCCCAGACAAGGGAAUUGCGGGAAAGCUCAAAAAGAGUCGAGGCCGUUCAGCUACUUAUAACUUAGCGGAGGGAAGUCAAGCGGCCGUUGUAUUGUAGCAAUUAGUGGCUGCGAGAAUGAAGGGAACAAGGGAAGUAUCUUAUAAACACAACCACACAGUAACAGUUAUUAGUUUUUAUUUCACAUCGAUGCAUGUGAGAGCGUAACGGAAUGAUUUGGCCCUCCUUCAGGGCUCUUUUGAUUUGAAGCAUCUCUUUGAAUGGUAUGUUGUGACACUGUCAUGGAUCACCGAUACACUUGCUGCGAGAAAGGACAAGUAUUGAAAAGGCACUCAGUCGCAGGACCGGUCCAAGCCUGUGAGCCGGUCUGGGAGAGUUGAUUAAAUCGAGAAAAGCUUAGAAAAGGACAUUUGUUGACUGUGUGUGCAGAGUGGGUUACAAGUUGUAGACCCCUGACAUCAGUUAUACUGAGUAGAAGGCACCCCUUAUAAAAAAAUUAUAAAAGAAAAUGGAUGCAACACGUCAUUCGGAGGAAGUGAGGCACUGUUUCUGGCCUGUUUGCCAAACACUGAUGUCAUCAGUCGCUCGCAGAGGGCAGACGUUACCAUUUAUUUUGGUGAGAAGGAAGCAACGGUGGUUACCAUAAACACUGGAACCUGAAAACUUAAAGGAAAAACAUCAGGGCUAACCUUCUCCUCACUAAACAAAAAUAGUAGUGCCAUUCUGUGGCUUCCACAUUCUUUGGCACAGUUUCAGUCACGUCAGUAGUACGACCUGCGGAACUCUGGCCACUUACGUAUCCUAAUAUCCACAAUUAGUGAACGGAUAAAGGCACUAAUACGGUUUAUUUACAUAAUUCAAAUUUGCACUGUUCUACAAUGGGCCGGAAGCACUGCUGCACCCUUCCAGUCCUACGAGCCUUUUAAACCCUUUAACAGACUACUGGGUUCAAUUCAUGAAGGUGAACCUGACUAGACUUUAUUCACCUACAGUACACGACCAAACGUGAAAUCAUCGGCAGGUUAGAUUUGGAUACUGUGACACGUGCUCCACCUGCUCUUCCUCAGAACUCCUCAGAGUGGCACCAUCAUCCAUGAGUCUGGAUUUGAAGCAUUAGCUGAGACUUACAUUACUCCUGGUGCUGAUGUCAUUUCCUUUACUUCUGUCUAACCUGUGCUGUGGUUUUAGGCUCCACUCACCAAACACACACACACACACACAGAGCAGCGAGUAAAUGUGUCUGAAAUCCUCCAAACAUUUUCACAUCCGACUUAAGACGUGAACGACAGGCCGGCUUUCUCUUGAUGACUUCAGUAUCCCAUAGAGAGAAUGACAAUAAUAAUAAUAAUGAUGAUGAUAAUAGUAUUACAGUGUUUUAGAACAAGCACAAGGGUGAUGUCCUUAUAUAUAGCAUAGGAUUAAUAUUAUUCAGAGGGAAAUAACAUUCAGAUGGAUUCAUCUGGUCUUCUGCUGAUGAGGAAUUAAAUGAUGAAACUGAUGACUGGAUUGUUGCCUUUUCUUUUUCUUUGGGUUGUGAAUAAUUAAACUCUAAAGUUGAUUUAAA